UGCGUGUGCACCACCAGAUCUCCGAGUUCAGCUCAGCUCAGCUCGCGUCGCACUCUCUCCAAGGUCCACCACGCUCUCCGUUUCCCCACUUGCUCGCCGCUUGCCCCAUUUUUAUUCGUCCCCACGCCUCGAACUCCCCACCACCACCACCGCCCUCUCCCCUUUGCUUCUCUCUCUACUUCGCUGUUUUACUCUGCUUUUUCCUGCUUAGCUUGCUUGUACUCUCCUGCCUCUAAUUCCCUGCUCCUUCCUCCCGCUUCGGAUUCCCACCUCCGAACUCCCCCACCUCACAACACCAACCCAAAACCCUAACAUCGCAUGGCCGCCCCCGCGCGCCCCGCCGCCACCUCCGUCUCCGGCGCCUUCGGCCUGCCCCCGGACGCCCGCUGCUCCUUCGACCAGCCGCGCCGCCGCGAGGGUUUGCAGGACGAGAGGCUGGUGAGGACGUUCGUGGACGCCUACGGGCACCGGCAGCAGGAGACCUGCUACCCCAAGGACGCCGUGAUGGCGGCAGUGGAGGAGUGCAUGCGGAAGCAGGCCGACGCGCUGCUGCACUCGCUUGAGGGCAUCGGGGGCAGGCUCUCGCAGCUCGAGCUCUACUGCUACAAGCUCGAGAGGUCCAUCGGGGAGCUGCGCAGCGGCGUCAUGGACUAUCACAGCGAGUCCACCGUCAACUUCCGAUGCAUCGAGAAGAAUCUCAGACAGGUCCAGAAAGACGUGCAGAUUCUCCAGGAUAGGCAAGAUUUAGCUGAAACUCCAAAAGAACUAGCCAAACUUCAACAAUUGCACGAGGUCCCUGCUCAAAAGAGUGAAGCUACUGCCUUUUCGAUGCUUGCAACAAGGGAAAAUGAUCAAGUUGCAAAGCAUGAGGUUGCCCUUUUGCCGCUUCACCAAGUUAAUGGGAUGCAAACCCCUUGUAUGCAAGUCCAGAGCAGCAAUGGAUUUGUUCUGCAGCAACUAGUGCCUGUUUCUUUGAGCACGCAACAUGAUCAGCAGCAGUUGAACCAAGCUGCUGUGUACUAUAUGCAAAGCCAGGAUCAUGCCAAGUCCACAGAUAGCAAACCAUUGGAACCUUUAGUUCAAGUUAUGCAGCCUCUUGUCCAGAAUACUGAAGCCAUGGUUGCAGUUGAACUGCCUCAAAAUUCUAGUCACGCAACAGAAUUAUACCCCCAACCCCAGAAUCACAGGCUACAGAUGCCUAACCAGCAGGUUGAUCCACAUACAUGGCAUUCCCAACAGCCCAUGGUGCAACAGCAGCAAUACGUUAUUCAGCAUGUCCCUCGACAGAUGGCUCAACAACAAUCAUCGUCUCCGCAGUCUCAGAGUGCUCCUCAAGUCACACCCUUGUAUCCUCCAUACUGUUCCCAGAAGCCUGUCAAUGCUAACACUGAACCAAUUUCAAGAGCUGUGGCUGUGCAGCCUCCAUACUGUUCACUGCAGCAGAAGCAUCAUGAAGCCGCCCAUUCAUUUUAUGGCCAAGGCAACACAAUUUUGCUUCCAAUGGCAGAGCAUAACAUCCAGCAUCAGCAGCCACAAUCGCUGCAGCCACACAAUCAGAGCCCUUGUCCACCUCAGCCAAGCAAACCCAAUCACUGCAGUGUUGCGUCUUAUGCUGUUCAGGGAAGUGGCCAAACCUACAGCUCCACAUACAAGAACCCUUCUAACUGCCCUGCAACUGUUGUUGCUGUUCUGCCUCAGCCUCCAGCUGCUGCUCCUGUGGCGUUUCAUCAUUUGGGACCACAAGUUGUGCACAAUCAUACAUUUGGACAUAUGGUUGAAACAGCUAGUGUAGUAGGGUAUGCACGGGAUCGAGUCGAGACUCUCCCAGUGGUCACUGCAGCCCAACCUAUAGACUCCAGUGCCAUGGCUGACAGGCUCAAUGCUGGCAGCAAUGUAACUUCCCCACGCGAAUGGUGAGUAUAGUGGGCAAUGCGCAGUCAUAUUGGGGCUUCCACAGCUUAUUGCCAUAUGUAUAAGCUUACCAGAUCUGUGUGGGUAUCACAUCUGGCUUCUUUUUAAAUUAGCCAGCAGAUUGGAUGAAAACCUUCUACUCUUUUUCAGCUGAAGGAUCAAUCUGAAAUAAGAAAUCUAGGUUAGUCGAGUGAUGUUGUUGGCAUAUGUCCCCACUUUUAAUGGACAUAUCUCCUUGUAACCGGUGGUGAGCUUAUAUGCCUUUUCGAUAUGAAUAUAUGACGACUUUACAUCA